UAAUCACUUAUCGGCAGCCUAAUGGCGCAGGUAUUUUCGGUUAAACUAAUUGACCUUAAGAAAGAUGUGUGUGUUGUACGGAUGUGUGGUGUGUGUCAUUUACUCAAUUUUAUUCAUUUAAACGCUAUUAACAUGGAAGUCGACAACAGUAAAUUCACAAAAGAAGAGCGAAUUUUUUUACUCGUUUCGUAUCCGAAUCGACUAGUACCUUCUCGUCGUAAUGUGUCAAAAAUAUACAAUAAGUUUCUUCGAGCGGGUUCUGUAGUAGACGCAUAGAUAUACGCGUAAUAUUGAGCAGACGCACCGCGCUCCGGUUGACCAGUUACAGUCACAACACCUGAAAACAUGGAGAUGGUGGUGCUAUCUCUGGUCGAAGAUGGCAAUUAGUCUGUCUGGCGACUAUCGAUGCAAUUAAUCAAUAAUAACUAAUAAAUCUAUAUACAAUAUACAUAUUUUAUUUGUUACAAUUUCUUUGUUAUGUGAAUUGAGGAACAAUCUUUUGCUACAAUCUGUACAACAAAAAAAAAUUCUACUUAUAUCGUCUUUGACAAUGCUAACAUAGCUCUUUCUCUCUCGCACACGAAUCUCUCUCUACGCGUGGUCCAUUCUUUUAUAUGUCUAUGGUUGACGUCCGACACUCUCACGCAUAAACAAGUAUACUUAUAAUAAGUAUACUAUAGCUCUCACGAUCGUCCGUUUUACUUGCGUUGUUGGCGCAUCUUGAACGCAAUCGAUUGUCAUUCGCGCCGCUGUUUGGUCGCCGAAGUACCUGGCCACCGUUAAAGAAUACAAUACCGGAAGCACUAACGUUUGUGAUUGCCAUUCAAGGCCGUCAGUCGUCGGAACAUUGUUUUUUGGUUAUAGCGCCAUCGAUUAUUUUGAUGAUUUAGAUAAAGUGGUAUCAAAGAACAACAUCAAUUCCUGUUUGACAAUUGAUUCGCAGAAAUUAAUCAUGGAAAUCUCAGUACUUGUACCCUCCAGUAGUUUGACACCCAAAGUAGCUAAGACCAGAUCAAUUAGAAAUGGAUCGGUGUCAAAAAGCAAAAAACAAAUAAAAUCUUAUUUGAUUCUUAAAGGAGCUGUCAUAUUUAUUGAUUAUAAAAGUAACCAUGAUCCAAGCUGUAUAAACAUUCAAGAAACUAUCAUUGAACUAGGUGCCAAAAUUGCAAAAACAUUUAGUCAUAAAGUAACACAUGUAAUAUUUUAUGAGGGUCGUCGAAACACUUAUGAAACAGCGAAAAAACGUAAAAUUCCAUUGGUGUCCAUCGGUUGGAUUUUAAAUUCUAUAACGGCAAAAAAAAAAAUGAACCCUGCUGACUAUCCGUCUGAAGAUUUAGUUAAAUAUGAUGAUCCACUAUAUGUUCCAAAAAACGAAUGCAGGUAUGAAAAUUUUCGAAGACACAAUCAAAUCCUAGAAGAUAUGAGUAAAAGUUUUGAGCAAACACCUCUUUGUAGUCAAUCAUCUAAAACACUAAACUCUAUUUUAGAUAUUUUUAUGAAGGAAAAAAGUAUUCAAACUAAUACAUUACAACGUGAUACUCAUUUAUCUUCAAAUCAUUACCAAAAUAAUGAUACAGUUACCACUCAAACUCUAGAGAAAGAAAUCAUUGAAAGCUUAUUAUCUAGAGAUUUUUCUAUGAUACCAGAAACAACAGAUCAUAAAUGUAGCCCAGCUGUAGCUUUUACUGGAUUCACAUAUAUUCAAAACAAGUAUUUCCAUAUGUUAAUGAUAAAAUUGGGAAUAUGUUCUUUUCAUAAUAAAGUGCAGAGCAAUACUACAUAUUUAGUAAUUCCAUCAAUUGAACCAGAAUUGCUAGAUUAUACAUUAAACAUUGAAUUUGCAAUGGCUCUUGGAUGUUACAUAGUGUUUGAUAAAUGGAUAGAAGAUUCAGAUAAAGCCGGUAAAUUGCUUCCACAUCAUAAUUAUUUGAUAGAUCUUACUGAUUCUGUAAAGGAUUUUCAAGUAAAACGAAAUGCUGUGUCGGAGUUAAAAUCAAAAUUUAAAAUAUUUCAUAAUGUUGGUAGCAUUUAUGUAUCUAAGGCUUGUAAACAUUCUACUUAUGACUUGAAGCGAUUAAUACGUGCCUGUGGAGGAAAUUGCAUAAAAAUUAAGGACAAAGCCAACAUUGUGAUCGGUGAAUUUUACACAAAGAAGUAUAUUUGUGAAACAUGGAUUUUGGAAUGCGUAAAACAGGGGAAAUUGCUACCAAUGGACAAAAAUUCAAUUAUUCUUGAUGUGUAAUUUUUUGAUCUAAAUUUAAAGAU